AUCGAUCCAAUUGCCUACCUAACUCGAUAAAAGUUCAUGUUGAAUUGUACUUGGUCAUUUUAGUAGCACAAUCAAGUGCAGGACAGAUCUUUCCUGCGCCUGUCUUGCUAUUCGCAGGCGGUUGUUGCCAACAUCUCUUGGCAUUGAAUCGAGGCACAUGUAGCUUCUACUUCCAUGGACGACUCCGUCAGUAACCGGCCAAACGACGGGGCUGCUCCUUCUCCCAUAUUCCAAGAGCCUAACCCCCUGUUCUGUUCUUCGUCUUAAAAUUAAAGUUCAGUUUAAUCUAACAGUUUUUUGUUUUUGUUUUUGUCCUUACUAUAGUCAAAGUAAGUUGCAUGGUCUACUGCCUCAAAGAAGACCUUGUGGGUCGGUUUCCCACUCUCUGCCCACUAGUUUCAGGCUUUUCUGCUGGUGAGACCGCGUUCGCGAGAGACUGUCUUCCCCUUUCCAGGCUCUGUAAACGCCAAGCUGCUGCAAGAACCUUUUGCCGUGCUGCAUGGGACCUCCGCGGGCGGCCGGCGUUGAUGCCACCGCCGGCGUCAAGGUCAAGGUCAGCGACCGAUAUGUUGAGAUAAACAAUGGCAUCUUCGAGCUGACGCUGUCGAAUCCGGACGGGAGUGUGACCGGCGUGCGGUACAACGGUGUGGAUAAUCUCAUGGAGAUAGGAAACAAGGAAGACAACAGAGGGUAUUGGGACAUCGUUUGGAAUCCACCGGGAGAGAGAACUGGAAUCUUUGAUGUGAUCAAAGGCACAGAGUUCCGCAUCAUAUACCACGACGAAAGCCAGGCUGAGGUCUCCUUCACAAGAACAUGGGAUCCUUCCCUUGAAGGCAAAGCUGUCCCCUUGAACAUUGAUAAGAGGUUCAUCAUCCUCCGGGGUUCCUCAGGAUUCUACACCUACGGAAUCUAUGAGCAUAAAGAAGGGUGGCCUGAUUUUGGGCUGGAAGAGACAAGGGUGGCUUUCAAGCUUCGGAAAGACAAGUUCCACUACAUGGCACUGGCUGACAACAGGCAGAGAAUUAUGCCGAUGCCUGAUGACCGAUUGCCGCCCCGAGGCCAGCAAUUAGCAUACCCUGAGGCUGUCCUCCUUGUGGAUCCAAUCAAUCCUGACCUCAGAGGGGAGGUCGACGACAAAUACCAGUACUCGUGCGAAGACCAGUACAACAAUGUCCAUGGAUGGGUAUCGUUUGAUCCUCCAAUCGGCUUUUGGCAGAUAACUCCGAGCGACGAGUCCCGAACAGGAGGACCCCUGAAGCAGAAUUUGACCUCUCAUGUUGGCCCCACUAUGCUAGCUAUGUUUCUUAGUGCACAUUAUGCCGGGGGUGACCUUUCGCCCAAGUUCACGGAUGGAGAAUAUUGGAAAAAAGUCCACGGACCGGUCUUCAUGUAUCUUAAUUCCAGUUGGGACGGAAGUGACCCAACUAUGCUAUGGGAGGAUGCAAAAGUUCAGAUGAUGAUUGAGAAAGAAAGCUGGCCAUAUGUUUUUGCACUUUCAGAGGAUUUUCAGAAGACUGAGCAAAGAGGUUGCGUCUCUGGCAGAUUACUAGUUCGAGACAGGUAUAUAGAUGAUCAGGACCUUUAUGCCUCAGGAGCCUAUGUAGGCUUGGCCCUACCAGGAGAAGCUGGAUCCUGGCAAAGAGAGUGCAAGGGAUACCAAUUCUGGUGUAGAGCAGAUGUAGAUGGGAGCUUCUACAUCAGGAACAUCGUAACUGGGAACUACAACCUGUAUGCGUGGGUUCCGGGUUUUAUAGGGGACUACAAAUUAGAUGCUACACUAACCAUAGCUUCAGGGGAUGAUAUUUAUCUUGGUGACCUUGUUUAUGAACCGCCAAGAGACGGUCCGACAAUUUGGGAGAUUGGAGUACCUGACCGCUCCGCUGCUGAGUUUUAUGUUCCAGACCCUAACCCCAACUAUGUCAAUAGAUUGUACAUCGACCAUCCUGAUAGAUUUAGGCAAUAUGGACUUUGGGAACGAUAUGCAGAACUAUACCCAGACGGUGAUCUGGUAUACACGAUCGACCAAAGCGACUAUAGCACUGAUUGGUUCUAUGCUCAAGUAAACAGAAGAACUGAUCAAAACACUUACCAACCAACCACAUGGCAGAUCAAGUUCAAUCUUGACAGUGUCAGUCCUAAUAGCACCUACAAGUUCAGAGUGGCACUCGCGUCUUCUACGCUUGCCGAGUUACAGGUUCUUUCGAAAGAAAGAAAAAAAGAUCUUGCCUUUUCCUAUCUGCAUCCCAGUUUUUUCUUGUCAAAUGUCAUCACUGGAAAUAGCUCCUGCAUGAUCAAUGUUCUUGCGCAGGUUUUCUUCAACGAUCAGGACAAGGGUGUUCCUCACUUCACCACCGGGCUGAUCGGCAGGGACAACGCGAUAGCGAGGCACGGGAUCCAUGGGCUCUACUGGCUGUUCAACAUUGAUGUGGGUAGUGCCUGGCUUGUCCAAGGUCUGAACACCAUCUACCUGAAGCAGGCCAGGAGCACGAGCCCGUUUCAGGGGUUGAUGUAUGACUACUUGCGUUUGGAGGGACCGUGUGGCUGCUAAUGUACUGUAUUAUACAACAACUAGCUGAAUGGUCCGUGCAAUCAUGGGCGGGCACAAGUAAGGGCAUGGGUGUAUAUAUAUAUACACUCAAAAAAAAUUGUAAAUAAAUAAAUACAUAUCAAAUUUGUUUGAGGAAUUAUC